GCGGCUGAACUGUGGCGGCCCCGCGCCCAGUUCCUCAAUGGAAAAGGUGUUAAAAACUGUCCGUGGCACUAUGGAAGCACUCAGACAAAAUAGUCAUCUGCUGACACCCUGAGGAAUAGUUGGGCAGAGUGACUGAAAUGAAGAGCUUCAACCAUCGCUUCAGUAUGGCAGCAGCUGAAUCUGACAAAGACUCCGGAUAUUCAGAUGGAAGUUCCGAGUGCCCAAGUGCUAUGGAGCAGACAGACUCCGAGGAUGUGCUGAAUGCGCUGUGUUGGAAUGCAGAGGAUGGGCCUUGGCAAUGCCCAAGGACCACAAGCAGCUCCUUUCCUGCACUAUCUCCUAUGGUUGUUAUGAAAAAUGUGUUGGUUAAGCAGGGGAGUUCAUCACAGCUCCAGUCUUGGACUGUGCAGCCAUCCUUUGAAGUGAUUCCAGCUCAGCCACAGCUAGUGUUUCUUCGUCCAUCAAUCCCACCUCCCAUUAAUCCUCACUCUGAUGGGAAAAAGAGAAAUGACUCCACUAAUUAUCUGCCCAUCCUGAAUUCUUUUCCCAAAAUAGCACCACAGCCCUGCAAAAGAGAUCACUCCUUUGAUCUAGAAGAAUGUCAGGAAGCCACUUGCUAUAAACGACUCUGCACAGAAGCACCCAAGAUGGAGACUUCUCCUCUACUAAUGAGCACAGGCUUGCCUACUAGUCCUUUUUCCCAUGUACCAGUUAGCUUUAAGACCCCUCAGGAUUCUAGCCAGCAAAGUUCUUCAGCUCUGGUGACAAGUGGAAAACUGUCAGCUCUCCCGGGUUUUCAUCGUGUUUCCAGUGACGCUCAGAAAGUGCCAGGUUUGACUCCCCUUUUGCCUUUUGGGACUCUGCAGGCAACAAAAUGCACUGUUCAUGAGAGCGAGAGUGCAUCACAGACUACAGUGCCUUCUGCAGUGUGGAGCCCUCCAUUGAUACCAGAAGAGAUUUGCACUACCCCUGAGCUGCUCUUGCAACAACAAAGCAAGUGCAGACGCUUUCAGAAUACGCUUGUUGUGCUACGCAGGUCGGGAUUGCUGGAGAUUACUUUAAAAACCAAGGAGCUCAUUCAUCAGAACCAGGUGACACAGGCUGAGCUGGACCAGCUGAAGCACCAGACACAGCUUUUCAUAGAGGCAAUAAAGAACAAUGCCCCACAGUCAUGGGCAGAGCUAGAAGCAUCUCUGACAGGUUCUGAUAAGGCUGAUAACAACCUUGAAGACCCCACUUAUCCCAACAUGUAGUAAAAAUGUGCUUAGCUGUUGGUCAAGUUAUUUCUGUGCCUCCUUUUUCCUGUCUCAAACUUCUACUCGAGCAUUUUUUGAUUUGCAAAGUUGCAAAUGUUGCAUUGCCAUUAACAAUUUGUCUUUAGAGCCAGCUGUAGGACUGGAAUAGCAUGGUGGGUUCUAGACAAAAUGGGUACUUGGUACUGUAGUGUGACCUUGAAUUUCAUGCUUACUCUCUGUAAUUCCUUGGACUGAGGAAGUUUAUUUGUGUUCUGCUGGCAUGUUCCCAUUCUUGAAGUGAAGACAGUCACUUGCAGUAUUCUGCAAACAUCUUCUUAUUCCCAUCUUCAGAUAGUUGUUUGUGAGAGUGCAGCAGCAGAACAGACCCCACUGAUGGGCCAUCAUCAGUUCCAGGCAGUCAGACCCCACUGAUGAGCCAUCAUCAGUUCCAAGCAGUUCCAAGUAGGUGAAGGGAGUUGGUAUGAGGUGAAAUAAGUUCUUCUCCCAUCCCCGUUUUUUGUGGGUUUUUGUUUUUUGGGUUUUGUUUGUUUGUUUGUUUUGUUUUUUUUUUUUUUUUUUUUUUAGAGAAAUCAGAUGAAUGUAGUGAGGGUGGGAGGAGUGUCAGCUUGGAUAAACUUGCUAAAACAUUUAUCUGCCUAAGUUUGAACUUCAAAAAACAAACUCCGAAAUGUUUUUUUCCUUCAUAUGGAUUGAUAGCAUUCCUAGGCUGCUUGCCUUGAGAUAUUGCUAACACCACAGUGUGCAUAAGAUAUUGACCUUGCUACCAGAGAGGCACAGUAGUCAUGUUACAAAAGCUGUUUUACAAACAUUUAUUUCAUUGCAGUUAUCUAGGCACUUAACUACAUUUCUCUCUGCAGUCUGAAGGGAUUUUUGUUCCCAAGGUAGCUUGUGUAGAAAAUUGAAAACUGCUUUGUCUAAGAACAUUAAGGAAUAUGGGUCAUCUGUGAUAUGUUCUUUGUGUAACAGUGUUUUCAAAAAUUCAUGCCAUCUGGGCAACUAAGUAUUUUGAUGCUUGGGUUCCUUCUGUCACCUGUUUCAGAUUGUUUAAAAGAAACUUGAAAGUAGAGUGGAUGUCUUGCUAAUUUGUGACUAGACCUUUACAUUUUGGGAUGCCUCUAAGAAUCAGUAUUGUGGAAGACUGUAGAGAAUACUGUUAUAGUCCUUCCUGAAACAGGUGGAUUAGAGAAAUUUUAAGGGACUUCUGUCUUGCAAGGGAUUUCACCCUUUUUAUACUGAUGAAAAGAAAUGCUUUACUUGUCUAAGUUGAGGUAUGUGAGCCCUCAUUGUAUAACCAUGGGCAUAAAGAGAAAUGUUGUGGCAGGGUUUGCUGUAGUGGAGCUGUAGCCAGCUAGCAGCUGUGCCUUUCAUGAGAUCCUGCCUACCUGCUGAAGACUGGUGCAGUAUGUGGGAAUUGUUCAAAAGCAUUUGUAGACGCUGUUUUGGCAUUUAUGUUUUUUUAAUAUACCUCAUAUAAUUGUGAUGCUACCAUGUCUCAUAACUCGCAGCCUGGCGAUAUUGGAACUCAGCCAGUAAACCCAGAAGGCAGCACAGUACAGUGUAAUAAUGUAGGAUAUGUCCAAUAUGGACACAGUCUAUCAGUUGUGAUACCUGAACCAGAUGACAUAUGGCAGGAUAGAUGUGAUGAUAACUUAGUCCAUUUAUGAGGGAAGAAGAUCCUGUUUUCAUCUGAACUUCUUACAAGGAGAGGAGGCAGUUCCAUUGAUGAAAUACAUGUAAUAGGCCUAGAGGUGUGAGGUAUGAGAAAGUGCAUAGGAUAUUUUUCCUACUUUUCCUAAAGUUCUUACUUAUUCUACCUAUUAAAUAGAGGGGAGAAUUUGAACUUCAGAAUAUGUAUUUUUAGGAAGCGAUUGCCCUAGAAAACAAGAUGAUGGGCUCAGGGUACCUAGAGAUGAAAGGGAGACAGAAAAAAAUGAAGUCCAGUCGUAGCUGUUUGAGACAAGGAAAAUGAGUCUACCAGUGACCUCCAUUCUAUUUUCACUGCUCUAAUAGAGUAUAAAAGGAUGAAAAACUUGCUUUACAGGGCAGUACCCUCUGACUUAGGGAGACUUAGCUGGUAGAAAUCUCUUAUAGCUCUUAGAGUACCACAUGUACUUUUUCCUGGCAGUAUGGAGGAUGGGCUGAAGUGGGUGUGCUUACAGCUAAUGGGCCUUUCAGCUGGUGUAAUUUGUAUAAAUAUAUGUUCAAUAAAUCUGUGAAUAAAGUCCAGCAGCUGGUUAGAAAUCUCCUACUGGGCAUCAGUCCAGACUUAAAUAGUAUUUACUGAACUAGAAAAAUCCACUCUGGAACUCAAACCUGGGGCUCCUUAGGAAGCAUAUCCCUAGAUAAUGGGAAACCUUAACAUCUAUGUUAAAAAAAAAAAGGAUGUUGAAGGUCUCUGGUGAUAAGUAUGUCAUCAGGCACCAUUCUGUUCAGUUUUCUUAGCUGCCUUUAGUCCUGGGAGCCCUGAUAAAGCUUUAAAACACUAAGGGCUUUAGUUUUUUUUGGCUGCAAUGUAAUAAAACAGGUUAGCAUGGAAAUACAUUUGGAAAAUUAGUUGACUACAUCAGGACCAGGAUAAGUCAAGAUUCUGGGCAGGAUCUGAAAGUUGUCCAGUAGAUUUGAACAGAAUUGUUAGCCUCUGAAUGGACACUGUGAGCUAUGAGCUCACAGGGUUUUUUGAUCUUUGAAGCAGUAGGACUUGGUAUUAAGAAGUCAGCUGAAGACAGCUGUCCUGGUCUAAUCAGUCAGAUGGCCUGCUGCAGUUUCAGCUGUUGCUGUCAACUUACAAGUAGCUUGAUGGGUCAGACAGACUGGUUUUUGUAUUAAGUUUUAAUAAAUAUUGGUAUUUUUUGAUUACUUUUACUAUGUCUUUUUGAAAUUCUGCUGUUCUAGUUGGAAUGGAAAUACCUUCUGUACUUUCAAAGCACAUUGCUAGCUCUGAACACAGUAGCCCAAU